CAUCUUUCGCUGGGAUGGUUCUUGGGUGGUUCUUCGUCACCGAGUUAAUCUGCUUUGCGGUUCGAACGCAUGGAAUUCCAAUGGGCGCUCGCUACGCCCCAGCGCCCCCUGGAAUGCGACCGCCCUGUGCUGCAAAGAGAGCGACUUUUUGCGAAGAAGUGGACAAAUAUCCCACGAAACUAAUUCAGACUCUUCUGCAAUCCAAACCUCUUAAUUUCGCUUCUUUCUUCACGGAUGAAAGCGAUGGACUAGAUGAACCGCCGGACUAUCUUUUACACCAGGACAUGCUAAUGGACGUGGAGCCUAAAAACGUGUCCGAGAUGAGGAGGGAGAAGCGUUCCAGCGGUAUUAAGAACUGUCCUGCAAACCAUCGGAUUGUAUUCCCCAAAGCAGCAACCAAUCAGCAUGGACAUUGGAAGUACAUUGCGCAAUCUGAAGAGUUAAAUAUUGGCCAAAGAGCGACUGUGCACUUGUGCAGCAGUUCCAGCGAAUGCAGUCGAUGUACACAGAUGUAUAAUUUAGUUCCUAUGUUUUCAUUACACGAAGGAGAAGACGUUGUGAAAGAAUUGUUCUGGAUGCCCAGUUCAUGUUAUUGUACUGAGGAACAAUUGAGUGUACCUUAAGCCAAAUUCUAGUGUUCCUUGUCUGUUUGCAUGAUCAUUUUUAUGUCUUUUCAUCUACUACAUAAGUAUAUAAAUAUUUAAAGAGAGAAACAGCCCAACUAAGAUACUGGGGGGCACUAGAACAGACACUUUUUUGGAGCCCCCCGAAGGCAAACCUUAUAAAAAGAGACAUCACGGGGAACCAAGAGGGGUUUUCUGGUGAAACUUUAGAAAAUGGCCAAACCGCUUCAUGAAAU